AUGUGCCUGAUUAACAUUCAAGAAAAGCAGGCCCUGUUCGACCUGGAGGCGACCAACCAGGAGCUGAAGGCCGACCUGAAGGACCUGUACAUCAACACCGCGCGCGAGAUCGACAUCACGAGCCAGCGCAAGGCCAUCAUCAUCCACGUGCCCUACCGCCUCCUCAAGGCCUACCACAAGAUCCACGCCAGGCUCGUACGGGAGCUGGAGAAGAAGUUCAGCGGCAAGGAUGUUGUGUUGGUGGGCACCCGGCGAAUCAUGAAACCCCCGAAGAAGGGCUCCUCCGCGACGCGCCCCCGCAGCCGCACCCUGACGUCCGUCCACGAACAGAUCCUGGAGGACCUGGUCUACCCCACCGAGAUCGUCGGCAAGCGGAUCCGAUACCGCCUAGACGGCACCCGCCUCCUCAAGGUCUACUUGGACCCCAAGGAGCGGAACACGACGGAGUACAAACUAGAGACUUUCGGGGGGGUGUACAAGAAGCUUACUGGAAAGGAGGUUACCUUUGAGUACCCCCCUGAGCAGCAGCAAUCCACUGUUGCCUAGGUCGUUGCGCAUCUUUGCUGGAACAGUUUUCGACCUGGAUUCUUGCCGGGUGUUUGAGUCAUGUGGAUUUAAAGCCGGUGCUCUUCUUCGAUGUCAUUGCAUCUGCGGUUGGAUGUUGGGCGCGGCAAGUAGACCGGAUGAGGCCGGGCUCUGGGGCGGAAUUAAGCUACUUCUUCCUAUGCC